CAUCAUUGAAGUCAAAAGAUUGUGAUGAAGAACGUGAAUCUGAUGGAUACUCACUGUUAUUUGAAUUUGAUUGUUGCAUUAUGUCUCCUACUUGUUCAUCAUCUUCCAUGACUGGCUCAUCAUUUAAGUCAAAAGGUAAACAACCUCUUGAUGAAGAACAUUGAAGUAUUGAAGUGGAUGGACUUUGAAUGAAACCAACAUCUAACUCUUCUAUAUUAGCAUUCAAAUCUGGUAUAUAAUAUUCUUGUCUUUCUUGAUUGCCUUCAUUAGAAUUGAUAAUAUUUUCAUUUAAAUCUAUUUCUCUCAUAGACAUUUUCUAACUUUGUUUUGAAUUAGUGUGUUACCAUUACUGAUCAUGUUUAUAUAGAAUUAAUUUGGUGGGAAAUUUAAAUUGACAAUGAAAAUUUGGCACAAGGAAAAUGGCAGUUUACCAAAAGAAAAUUAAAAUUUGGCAUUUUGGUAAAAUACAACAACCGUUCAGCUUGUUCUUUGCUUUGCAAAAUCUUUCCACUACUCUAUGUACUCUCCAUUCUAUAUCCUCAUUAAAUUCAAUUGGUUGGAGUAGUAAUACGUGAUAGUAGCUUUUUGUAUUGGUUGUAGAUAAUCCUGCUAAAGUUACUUUUCAGCAGCAAAAAGACAGCUUUUUAUCAAUGCUUUAUUUUAACAAGAAAAACAAUCAUUCCUUUUUAAAAUUGGAUUUUAGUAUAAAAAUUAAAUAUAACAAGGGUAAUUUGGUAAAACUAAUAUUAUCUCUCAUUCACUCCUACACUUUUCUUAAUAUGUGUGAAAUGAGCAAAUAGGUCAUCCUUUUUGGGACGGAGGGAGUAUUUGAUUAGUGGGGUGUACCACUAGUUGACUCAUUUGUUUUAGGUGGAAACUAUAGUUUAUAAAUGGCUUAAAUAUAAAAAUAAUCCCUGCGAUCGUGCCUUAUUUUGAUUUUAACCAUGAAAAAAAAAAUUGAUUUUAGUCCCUGCAAAAUACCAAAAUACCAAAAUUUUUGACUGACAAGUUAAGUAGUUGAUGAUUUGACAAAUACUAACUAAAAUUUGAUGUCGUGGAAUUAACAUGUCAUUUUCAUCAUUUAAAAAUAGAAAAAUGAAAAAUAACAUUUCCAGAGCUGUCUCCUAGAAUCAAAUUGAACUUGGCUUCAAGAUUAGUAAAAAAAAAACAAUGGAUCAUUACUCUUCUCCAGGAGGAACAUGGACAAUGAUCCCAACCCCAAAUUCCAAUUCCCAAAUCCAAUCUCAAUCCAAUCAAGACCUUUAUCUUCAACAACAACAAUUUCUUCAACAACAAUCUCAAUUCCAACAACAGCAGCAACUUUAUCAACAACAACAACAGCUUAUUCUACAACAGCAACAACAACAACAACAGCAACCUCAGCAACAGCAACAGCAACAGCAGCAGAAUCUUCACCAAUCACUCGCUUCUCAUUUCCAUCUUUUAAAUUUGGUGGAGAAUUUAGCUGAAGUUGUUGAACAUGGAAACCCGGAUCAGCAAUCAGAUGCAUUGAUUGCUGAAUUGAGCAACCAUUUUGAUAAGUGUCAGCAAUUGUUGAACUCAAUCUCUGCUUCUAUUAGCACCAAAGCCAUGACUGUUGAGGGACAGAAGAAGAAGCUAGAGGAAAGCGAGCAAUUGCUGAAUCAGCGAAGAGAUUUAGUUGUCAAUUACACAAAAUCUGUAGAGGAGCUUGUCCGAUCAGAGCCAUAAGAGCCUUCUUUCAUUCUUUUCAGACGGUUGUUGCAGAUCUUGCUGAAGAUAUAUACACUUUAAUCUUCCUAGUUCUGAGAGAAUCUCUUUCGACUAUUUUUGUUCAGUAAUUUGGUAGAUAUUCAACUAGUUAUUUAUCAUGUAUUGGCUCUUAGAUGUUCUGGACUCUCGAGAAGCAAGAAAUUACGGGAAGAGUGAAAUUUGGUAAUUUAAAGAAUGUAACAUAACAUUAACUGAUGAUAUAUAUGAUGUAAAAAUGGUUACCCUUUGUGCUU